AUUAACUUUACCCAUCAAUUGAACUCCACACCGCUUUGAUAAAGUUGUUUAGUUCUAUCGAGAGGUGGGGCCUUUCCACGUCCCUGCAUUUCUAAUAAUUGUCUAGGCCAUCUGCUAGAGCUGCGUAAGCCACAGGUAUUUUAGUGGGCACGGUUAUGAACUUAACUUAUCUGAUGAUUAAGCUUGGGGUUGGACAGACUGUGGCCAGAUAUUCGGAACCAUUCAGCCAUUUAUCCAACUUGUCAAUCUUCUCCAAAUUCACAUUCCCUGUUCUGAAGGGGACACAUAUGCCAUUGUAGGAGAAUACAAAACGUCUUCAUCUACAUUCUACAUUCACUUCACUUUUUUUCUCCGACAGUUCAUUACUCUUCUACGUAGCCAGUGGUAAUAUUAUAGGUGCUUCACUAUGUACACGGCUCGGAACUUUCUUUUUGGCCUGCUUGCAGCCAGUACAGGCGUUCAUGCUGCGGAUGCCGCAUCAGAUGUCGCACAACUAAGCAAGGACACCUUUGAGGAAUUCGUCAAGGGUAAUGACCUCGUUCUAGCAGAGUUCUUCGCUCCCUGGUGUGGUCACUGCAAGGCCCUCGCGCCUGAGUACGAAGAGGCCGCUACUACGUUGAAGGAGAAGUCGAUCAAGUUGGCUAAGGUCGACUGCACAGAGGAGAGUGAACUCUGCCAAACAUAUGGCGUUGAGGGUUACCCAACGCUCAAGAUCUUCCGUGGUCUGGAGAGCAUCACUCCUUACACGGGCCAAAGGAAAGCUGCUGCAAUCACUUCAUACAUGAUCAAGCAGUCCCUCCCCGCCGUUUCGCUUCUGACAUCGGAAACCCUCGAGGAUUUCAAGACCGCCGACAAGGUUGUCUUGGUUGCCUACAUCGACGCCUCCGACAAGGCCUCCAACGAGACUUACACCAAGGUUGCUGAGAAGUACAGGGACUCUUACCUCUUCGGUGCCACUAACGAUGCUGCAUUGGCUGAGGCCGAGGGUGUUAAGGCGCCGGCCGUUGUUCUAUACAAGCAGUUCGAUGAGGGCAAGGCUACCUUCUCGGAGAAAUUCGACGAGGAGGCUAUUGAGAAGUUCGCUAAGGUUGCCUCCACACCCCUGAUUGGUGAGGUCGGCCCCGACACCUAUUCCGGCUACAUGUCUGCCGGUAUCCCUCUUGCCUACAUCUUCUCCGAGACUGCCGAGGAGCGAAAGGAACUUAGCGAUGCUCUCAAGCCCGUCGCUGAGAAGUACCGUGGCAAGAUCAACUUUGCUACCAUCGAUGCCCAGUCUUUCGGUGCUCACGCCAACAACCUUAACCUCAAGGCCGACAAAUUCCCGUCCUUCGCCAUCCAGGAGACGGUUAAGAACCAGAAGUUCCCCUUCGACCAGGAGAAGGAGAUUACCUACGACACUAUCAGCGCUUUCGUCGACGACUUCGCGGCUGGAAAGAUUGAGCCCAGCCUUAAGUCUGAGCCGAUUCCUGAGAAGCAGGAAGGCGCGGUCACCGUCGUUGUUGGCAAGACGUACGAGGAGAUUGUCUUGGACGACUCCAAGGAUGUCUUGAUCGAGUUCUACGCUCCCUGGUGCGGUCACUGCAAGGCUCUCGCCCCUAAGUACGAGGACCUUGCUUCUCUGUACAGCAAGAGCGAGUUCAAGGACAAGGUCGUCAUCGCAAAGGUUGACGCUACUGCCAACGACGUGCCCGAUGAGAUCCAGGGUUUCCCUACCAUCAAGCUGUACCCCGCUGGCGCCAAGGACCAGCCGAUCAGCUACUCUGGCAGCCGAACUGUUGAGGACCUGAUCAAGUUUGUUAAGGAGAACGGCAAGUACAAGGCCGAGGUGUCGGAAGGACAGGAGGAAGAGACCCCCGUUGCUCCCGCCGCAACUGAAUCCAAGUCUACUAGCAGCGAGGCUGCGCAGUCGACGCACGACGAGUUGUAAACUAGGGAAUCGAGAAUGAGUCAAGAAAAAGCAAAUGUACACUUUCUAGUUAUAUGAACCGGACAUCUUAAUCGGCCGGUACGCUGGGUCACUGGGACUGGGAUACGAAUGUUGACUUCAGGUAGUUCAGCAUAAAGGGUCAUGAAUUUUCCGUUUAUAUGUUUCAUGAUUGUUUUGUUUUGGUCUUGAUGAUAAUUUUGAUGCUGUUCACUGAUUUUGUGCCGUACGAAGUGAGGUAAUAUUUCUUAUUUCUGGCCUUACGUAGCAAUGUAGUACAUACCUAAAUGUAGUAACCAACCAAGAGGACUCGUUUAGUGAGCUGUUCCCGAG